AUGAAGUUCACAAUCACCACCCUAGCCCUCCCCCUCCUGGCUGCCUCAGCGCCAACCAGCCAGCCACCCGCCAUCCCAAACCCGGCGUUCAGCGUGAUGGCCAUGCGCUCCGCAUCGCCCAUCCACUUCGCACAGCUGAACGCCGCAGGUCAGAAGUUCUACCUCGGCGGAGAAACAGCUUCCUACUGUCCAGCGCAGGUCUCAAACUGCCCACCUGGAAACCAAACCGUCUUCGCUCCCGGCGGCGGCUCUCUGGACGUCAUGGUUCCAGGCGGCCAGCAGGUCUACGUUGACCCCAACGGUGCCCUUAGCUUCACCCAGGCUCACUCGGCCAAUAUCCCCCAGGGAUCAUCGCGCGGCCCAUUCCACUACGCUGCUGAUGAGCCCUGGGCUCACUACUCCUUCGCUGGUUGGGGCGCCACUGGCUUCAUGGCUUGCCCGACUGAUGAUAGCCGCUGGCAGGUGUUUGCGGCCAUUCAGAAUGCUACUGUGCCACAUGGCAAUGUUGCCGAGUGUCUUGGAUUCUCUGCUGUCGCUUUGACUUAUGACGGGGAGGUUCCUGCUUGGCAGUAUAUCUAG